AUUGUAUUACAUCGGAUUAAUUUAAACAUUUUUCGAAAGCCAAAAUAGCCAGUAAAUAGCAACUGCAUACAGUAUUGUGAGAUUUGCCUUUUAUAUGCAAAGGGACUUAAAAACUAAAAUUCAAGUACAAAAGCCUUUCUCAUACGAAUAUAUGCAAUGGCGUCAAAUGAAAUUAAGAAAAUAGCCGUAGUCGGAGCAGGAUUGACAGGGUUAGCUGCUCUACGACGACUCUCCGAAAAUAAGAAUUUUAAGCUGACUUGUUUUGAGAGGAAUUAUGAUAUUGGAGGGCUUUGGCUUUACACAGACCAGACAUCAAAGGAUGACUAUGGAAAUCCAAUUCAUUCAGCUGUGUAUAGCAAUCUAAAAACGAACAUACCAAAACAGUUGAUGGAGAUUGAUGGUUUCCCAAUGGACGGCUAUCCAUCUUUUCCAAGUCGAACUGAGAUGUUAGCGUAUCUGAACAAAGUUGUCGAUCAAUGUGGUAUCCGAAAAUAUAUUAAGUUUAACAUGGAUGUUAAACAAGUUAAACCUGCCAACCCAAGUUCAAGAGAUACCAAAUGGUUGCUGUCUUACGGAGAUAUCAGAAAGAAGAGCGAUAGUCAUACGGAAGAGUUUGAUGAUGUUAUUGUGUGUCUUGGAAAUUGUUCAACUCCAAAUUAUCCAACCAUCGAUGGAGAACAGGACUUUGAAGGUUUUGUGCUUCACAGUAUACGGUACAGACAUCCAGAAUGUUUUGCCGGGCAGACAGUUGCCGUUUUGGGAGCACAUUACUCAGGAAUAGACAUAAGUUUUGAUCUUUCUAAGUGUGCCAAAAAGGUGUAUUUGUGUCACAGAGGACCAAAGUUAGAAACACGUUUGCCGGAAAACAUCGUUCAGAAGACGUCCGGUUUUAAACGAUACACACCCUUCUCUGUAGUUCUGGAAAACGGUGAGGAACUACCAGUUGACACAGUCAUAUAUGCCACUGGGUACAAAUACAACUUCUCCAUUCUACCGGAAGGGUUACUAAAACUUGGCAAGGGUAACCUCAUCUGCAACCUAUUCAAAUAUAUUCUUACACCAAACUAUUCUACGAUUUUCUUCAUGGGCAUCGUAAGAGAAGUUGCAUUCUUUCCUACAAGCGAGUAUCAAGCUUUGUUCAUAAAAUCUGUAUUAGAAGGGUCGGCUAAUCUACCGGAUCAAGAAGAAAUGAACCGAAUAAUAUCGAAGGAUUCCGAACGUGUAAUAGGAGGAGAUAACCAGUGGGAAUGGAUAAAGGAACUUUCGGAUAUUUCUGGUAAAUCUAAAGCACUUCCGCUUGUUAUGAAAAAAAUAUGGGAUUACCAUUUUGAUAUUUGGGGAAAAGAUUUUGCAAAAUGUCGAUCAUUGGUGUACAAAGCAACAGGUCCAGAUUCUUUUGUUCUUGUUUAAGAUUUCAUUUUUUUUAAUGACAGCUCUACAUGACUUCUAUAUGCUUACACUCAAAAUAAAAAUGUAUCUGAUAUUUAACAAAUGUUUAUUGAAAAUUAAUACAUAUAUAUAGACAAAAAAAUCAUGCUUUAUUUAUGUUAUAUACAAGUGGAACCUUGCCACGGUGAAUAAAAAGUUAAUCGAACUUGAUUUUAUGUUUCUACAUCCUAUUUGCUGUUUUCAUCCGACAGCACCACUUCUAGUGAACAUGAGAUCCUUCGUCAUUCCUGGCCUGAUUUCUUAACAAAAGAUUCAAUAUCUAUUUUACGU